AUGGCUAAGAAAUUUACAAAGAAGAAGAGAGAGAAAUUACCAAGGAUUGAUAAGAAGUUCUUUGCCGGAAAUAAACCAGCAAGCGCAGAGGUUAUGACCCAGAUGUUUAUGGAGUUUUUUGGGCGCUAUAAUUUUCCCGGAAUAAAACUCGUGGAGAGUCCAGCUCGCCCCGGGCCAGACCACGACUCCGAACAUGGCUUGAAGGUUAGACCAGUCAUCAACGUACACGAGGAAAGCAGCACGAUGGAAGUCGAUGGCCAUUUAGCUGGUGUGGGGAUUGAUGACACAAUGAUAGAGUUAUUCAAUGACGACGAAGACGACGCGCCCUUCGAGGAUGACUCUUAUGAAGCAAAGCGGACUCGCGACCAGCUCGCAGCCUAUGUGGUCGAUCUCUGUGCUCGCCAACACCGAACGCACCUAUUCAUCGUCUACAUCUACUACCCCUAUGCCCGCUUCAUUCGGUUCGAUAGAUCUGGAGCCCUAGUCUCGGAACGGUUUGAUUUCACGGACGAUUGCACUCCUCUCAUUCGGUUCUUUUCGAGGUUCUCGAAAAUGACCCAAGCUGGAAGGGGGUACAAUCCUACCGUCCAAGUUGCAGACGAACUUGAAACCAAGGUCGCUCACGAACGUCUUUCGGAGUGGGCCCCAAAUCCGAGGUACGAACGCCCUGUGUUCAAGAUGGAGGUUCACGACGACCGAGAGCAAGCUGGCGGUAAAAGGCCCAAUAAGCCGAGACCCCGCAAGUUUCUUGUUUGGGGAUCCUUCGCCGAUCCAGACUUGCCACUUGGACGGGCGACGCGAGGCUAUCCAGCAUUGGAAGUGACCGACGGCGUGGAAAACGCCCCCAAGGAUGCUCCGAUCAUGUUCCUAAAAGAACAAUGGCGCUCCACCGCGUUGCGCCAGGAAAUCGACAUACUUCGAGACCUAAACGACAAGGGGGUAGAACACGUUCCGACGCUGAUAUGCGGAGGUGUUCUCCCCGGCCAGGUCACACAAACAGGGUUAUACGCUACCGGAAGAAGUGGUGAAAAGGAAAUUGCUGAGCGUGCCCAUGUUCGCUUCGUUGUAUUGGAAGUUGGUCGGCCCCUCGAGCGCUUUUCUUCGUCGAAAGAGAUGUUCAAAGCCGUGUACGAUGCAUUUCAGGGUAUACAGGCGUUCGAAAAGUGCAAUUUAUUGCAUCGCGACGUGAGUGGGGGGAACAUUCUACUGUUAUCGAACGGUGGUCUCCUGAUCGACUGGGAUAUGGCGGCGAAGGCCGAUGGGGAGGAACAUGGGACUACGAGUGGUACUUGGGACUUUAUGUCCAUCGACCUAUUGGGCAGUACGGGGCUUCCCCACAAAGUCAGCGACGACCUAGAGUCUUUCCUCUGGGUGGUGCUUUACUACGGCCUCCUCUACCUCCCUCACAACAAAGUCGAUGAGCUCGAGAAAAUUAUCCACGUCAUUUUCGAGGAGUAUACCAACUACGGAGAAGCGAAGGGUGGCCAAGGGAAAUGUUUGGCAGUAACGGCUGGACGGCACAUUGGAUUCAACGCCUGCCCUCCCUUAGAAUUUGCAAAUGAGCCACUUACACGGUUUGUACAUACGAUCCUGAGACUUCUGAUGGACUAUAGUCAAAGAGAAGCUGGUGCGCGCCGCAGACUAAAACCCCCUUCCAUACUUUCAGAUCGUCCAGAUUAUCUAUCCUCAUUGCCACCCCCACCCACACAGAAACAGCGGCAAGACGACAUGGAACUUAUCUUCAAGUUGGCACUCGAUCUUCCUUGGCCGACGGACGACAAGUCUAGAUUGAAUAUCGUGAAGAACCCCGAGGACGAUCAAGCAGGUAUUGAGUCAAAGAAGAGAAAGAAUACGACUCAGAAUGUCCCCGUCGAAGAUACCGAAGACCGACAAGCAAAGAAGGCUAAGCGUUCUGCUGGGGACAAGACACUCACCAAGGCACUCAAUGCAGCAGACGGAAGUCGGGACCCAUGA